AUGUUUACUGAUUCUCUGUUCCUUUCACCAUGGGCGCUCUUGGCACUUCUUAUCUGUGCACUGAUGUACUAUAUCAUUCCCUACCUCUAUACCUACAGACACCUGCGCAGGAUCCCUGGCCCAUUGCUAGCCCGCUUCUCAAACCUUUGGCUCCUGUAUAUCUGCCGCCAGUCUAAGCGUUCAUACACUGUCUAUGACCUGCACGAACGACUUGGUCCUAUCGUAAGAAUCCAGCCAAACCACGUCAGUAUCGUUGACGAAAGAGCCAUUAAUCUUGUCUACGGCCAUGGGAACGGGUUGGAAAAGUCAUCCUGGUACGAUUCAUCAAUUUCUCUCACCCGAAGUAUCUUCACGGCGAGGAAUCGCGCCCAACAUGCUCGCAAGAGAAGAUAUAUCGCUCAUAGCUUCGCCCCCAAGUCGUCCCGUGCAGCCGAAGGACCCAUCGCCGACAAAGUCGCGCUUCUGGUCCGUAAGUGGGACGAGAUAAUCGACAAAGGGCCGCAGUUUGAUGGGUUCACACGACUCGAAUGCAGGCGAUGGUUCACAUACUUGUCGUUUGACAUCACUGGUGAUCUUCUCUUCAGCGAGCCAUUCGGAAUGCUUGAGAAUGGCUCUGAUCUGGUCAAGAUAGACAACAAGCCCGGGUCCUACGUGUCCAUGAUGAACAGUCUUGCGCAGAGGAGUGCCGCCGUCGCUACUCUUGGUGUCUUACCCUGGUUGAAGCCACAUGCACAUCAUCUGCCCGAUCCAUUCUUCCAUAAGGGAAUGGAUGGGCUACAGAACCUACUCGGCGUUACUUCCGCUCAAGUCAAGGAACGCAUGGCCGCAGCGCAAGACAAUCAUGACGAUUGGCUCUCACUUCUACUCCGAGCGCGUGAUGAACACGGAGAGUUGCUCAAAUUCGAAGAGAUUACUUCUGAGUCCUUGACCUUGUUCAUGGCAGCCAUUGAGACCGUCAGCAACACCCUGUCUGCCAUGAUGUACUACCUCGCCACGUCGCCCUCUCCACUACAAAAGCUACAAGCUGAGGUUGACUCUAUCCAUGUUUCUGGAACAGUUAUGCCGUUUGCAGAUGUCCGGGCUCUUCCAUAUCUAGACGCUGUGCUCAACGAGACAAUGCGUCUGCACAGUGUCCUCGGGAUCGGCCUCCCUCGAGAGGUGCUUCCUGGAACCAAGGGAGUUAACUUAGACUCCUUUUACUUUCCUCCCGGCACUGUUCUCAGCGUUCCCAUUUAUACCAUUCACCGGUCUAGAGAAAUUUGGGGCCAGGAUGCCAAUGACUUUCGGCCUGAGAGAUGGGAGAAACUCAUGCGUUGGGCGUAA